AGCUUACUUGAAUACCGCGCGUUCUCGCCGGAAAUUCCUAGAAAAUAUUCUAACAUUUCUCGAUAUCGAUCAUCUAACCAUCAAAUUUCAUAAUCUGAAGCAUCCGACUCGGAUUUCUAGAGGUCUCUCUCACUGUCGUAAAGGUCGGGGGAGAGAGAGGGGGUGCAGUGGUUUGCAGAGGCACCGAAACAUCUGCGAGCCUCGCGUCCUCUCUCAUUUGUUGGUAAAUAUGCGAUUGAUCUAGAUUCAAAGUUUUCAUCAUGGGUUCUGUUUGUUGCGGCUUGUGUGAGUGUGACGAGUUGGAAGAUUAUGCUAAUCCAAACAAUUCUAUAUAUAGAAACUGCAUAUGCAUUCGUUGUUUUCUUCAGAAUUUGUUAUAUAUGCGCACAUCGUUAUUUGCGAGAGGGGAAGAACAUGCCAGACUUGCAAACCCUUCUCAAUGGACCUCAUCUUUUGGUUCAUCAUUGUCACUUGACAAUUCUCUAUCCGACGUUUAUCGCUCUCCUCCACGACCCAUGCCUUAUGAUACCGAUUCUAGGUAUCUACGCCUUCAACGAGACGAACCGACCCUGAGACCGGAAAAAGGCUCGAGUCACUCACAAGAGGAAAGUGAACCAUUAAGAAGUGAUGGUGAUACAUGUGUAGAUCCUUUAUAUGAUGGACACAAACCGGACAAUUUCAUGGGCGAAAAAGAAGCAGAAAACCCGCAAACAAACUCGUAUUCGAAGCUCUCAACUUCAAAAGAGACCACGGGAUUUGCACAUAUUUAUUCUUCACCGGAAGAAGACGAAGAUGUUUGUCCAACAUGUCUUGAAGAAUAUACUGUGGAAAACCCGAAGAUAAUUACGAAGUGCUCUCAUCAUUUCCACCUUGGUUGCAUAUACGAGUGGAUGGAAAGAAGUGAAACUUGUCCGGUUUGUGGCAAGGUGAUGGCAUUUGAUGAAACCACUUGAAGCUUUUCCUGCUGUGAAUGAAAACAAAAUCCCAGAAAGAAAAGAGGCUGUAAAUUAUUUGUGAAUAUGCUUAGGUUCCAGAAUGUUCUUGUUUUUUUCUUCCA